CAGAAGCGAGGGAAAAACUCUUUUCCCGUCCCCCAAACGCGCGCGGCACGCCGACGGAAACCCUGGUCGCGCGAAGCCGGCGAUGGUGGAACCACGCGCCGGCGCCGCUGAAGCCCCCUCCCUUGCCGCCACCGAUGCACUCCCCGCCCCCAACCAGGGCACCACCGCCGGCGCGAGGAAGCGGAAGGCCCCGGCGACGGAGAAGGCUCCGAGGAAGCCCCGCAAGCGGCAGGUUGAAGAACCGAUUCAGAUCCCUGUGUACUACGGGUGUAGAAAAGGAGAUUUUUCAAGCGUGCACGGCGAUGAUUUAGUUCAAGAUUGCCCAGCCAUUUAUGCAGAAAACAUAUGUGCACACAUAAUCGGCGAGCUACCGCUGCAGCCACAGUCGAUGUCACUGGUGGAUCUGCAGCUCUGGGUCUUCAAGCUGUUCAGGCUCCAUCCAGAAACACAAGAUCUCCGUAUUAAGGGGUUCCUCAAACAACACAAAAAUGACCCGUAUGACGAAGAGGAUCCGGACUGGUAUUUGGAGUACUACCGGUGGGACACCCAUGAAUUCUAUGGCGAUAAAUACUGGAGUUCCUUUGCCAAUAAAUUGAAGAAAAAGAGAAAUGUAGCGCAGAUUCGCAGAAGUUCAUGUUGUACGUGGAAUCCUCUGAGAUCAGGCACCAUGACAUAUUGCUCAAAGCCAUAAAUGAUGAUUACUCUCAACAGGUGCCUGUUGUGUUGCCUGGGACAGAAAGCCUGGCAAGGUGUGAAUUCAGCUUCCGCUACCUUAAGGAACACCUGGCAGUUACUGCUGAGGAAAUGGCAGUUUAUCUCACUGGUCACUACGGCGAGCAGGUUACUCCCGCUGAGGCGUGGAGGGCAAGACAGAUGGCUCUGGAGAAGGAAUUCGGUACCUUUUAUGAUUCAUACAACUUUGCCCCGAGGUUACUCAAGGAAAUAGCACGUAAAAACCCUGGUGGUUUUGUAGACAUCAAGGAUGCAGAGGUUGCAGGGUGUAAGGAUUUUCGAGUCCUCCGGCGUAUAUUUUGGGUGUUUGGACAAUGCUUACAGGCCUUCAUUACCUGUCGCCCUGUGCUGUGCAUUAAAGGCACACCGCUAUGCGGUAAAUAUCAAGGGGCGCUGUUGACGGCCGUAGCAUUAGAUGCUAAUGAUUUCUCUGUUCCAAUAGCAUAUGCCAUCGUUGAGUGCGAGACAAAGGAAAGCUGGCUGUGGUUUCUUAGGAAUUUGGGGCGAGCAGUGGUUGAUCAAGCUGAUGUCUGCAUUAUAUUAUACACGACUACAAAAGGGAGUUGAUCGAUGCCGUAGAGGAUCUUCUGAAUUCCCGUCGACGACAAGGGCUGAAAGCAGAAAGCCGGUGGUGCAUGGAACAUCUUGCUGAAAACUUCUAUGCAUAUUUUGGCGACGAGAACCUGGUGAUGAUGUUCAAGAAACUUUGCCAGCAGAAGCGACAGCAUAAAUUCGAUAAACUCUGGAAGGAGCUCGACGAGUUGACAUCCAAAUAUAUGGCAGAGAAAGAAUCUGGUGCUAGUGAGGAAGUGCAGCAGGGGUCAGUCAAGCAUGAUGAUGCAGAGCUUCAGGAGCAAAGCCCAUUCAGCCAGCCUGAUUCAGUGGAGGAUGGGAUGGAAGGAGAUCGUGCCAAUGAUAGCAAUGGAAAGAUAACAAAGUUCUCUGAUUGGAUUCGUCUGAAACCAAUGGAGAAGUGGUCACUGGUGCAUGAUCGCAACGGAGCAAGAUAUGGUAUCAUGGGCACUGAUAUAACUGAUGUAUAUAAGAACGAUCCUGUAUUGAAAGGUAUAACUUGCCUUCCACUCAGUGCGAUGGUGGAGGUGACAUUCCUACGCUUGGAAGAGUACUUCAAAAACACAGGUGCCGCAGCAAACAAAGCAACCGGCAACCCUUCAGUCAGUUUACCAGAACGUGUCCAGGAUGACAUGAACUCCAAAAUGCAGAAAGCCGAGAUGCAUCAAGUUCUUGUGGGUGAAGAGGCUCUGAAAUUUACGGUGAAGUCGAGGCAGAGGCAGGUUACCGUAAACAUGAAGUCGGAAUAUACCCACAACAUGGAUAAGUCUAAAGGAUCCACAGCUCGAAAAACUGCUACCUGUUCACGCAACAAGCCGCAGCUGCUUCACAAGCCUUGCUCUCAUGUCAUUGCCGUCUGUUGUCAUAUUGGGGUUAGCACUGCUGAAUACAUGUCCCCAUACUACAGCCUGACUUGUCUAGGCAGGACCUGGAGUAAAAAAUUCAAUGAGUUCUCACGCAACUACAGAAAAAAUUUACCACGCUACUACAGAGAUAUCAGACCAUUUGAACGUGAAACACCAACUUGGAUCCCCGACAAAAGAUUGGAACGUGGUUUUCCUGUUUAUCUGUUGCCGGACUGCGUACAAACUGCCGUUGUCGAUGAAGGGCAACAGUGCACAACUGAAGAUGAAUCAGUUGCAGACAAUGAAGCAACAAAGACACGCUCAGAAGAAUCAAGAGCCUAGCCAAAUUUGAGGUUCUUUUAUCAUCUGUGAAACUCCAGGCUGUUCAUAUUUUGGACCUUUAAUAUCUGGUGGCUGCUGUGCUUUAAGUUAUCCCAUGUAUACUCUGAACCUCUAGUAUUAUUUGCAGUACUUUCCAUGCUGUCCUGAAAACUGAAGUUUAUAUUCCUUUUCUAGUCUGUUACAGUUUGUCACUGAAUUUCUUGGUUGGUUUAUAUUUUCUUGAAACUCUUGUAUGCCAAAACGCUAAAUCAUCUGAGAAGUCAUUACUUGGCUGACGGCGUUUCAGGGAAUAACACGCAUACCAGUUCAGUUGAUAAAAUUGUCAUCACUAGAAGCACUUUAGUAGAUUCUAGUUAUCUUAAGUAUAUAUAACAAGCACACAUUCAUACACUCAUAA